AGGCUAGCUAAUUAAUCAGCAGCAGUAAAACAGGAAAGCAAUGGAGAUUUUUAAACACCUUGUGUAUGCAUUGUCUAUUGUUUUUUCCCUUUUACAUCUCGUUCGUGCAUUCAACCAAUCCGGUUGUAUUAGCUUAGAUUGUGGGCUUCCAAAAAACACCAGCUACACAGAGCCAACAACAAAAAUAGAUUAUAUUUCAGACGCACCCUUCAUUGGCAGUGGCAUAAGCAAGAACAUAAAGCCAGAAUACAAAGCUAACCAGCAAAAGCAAGUAGCCUUUGUAAGAAGCUUCCCUCAAGGAACCCGCAACUGUUACAAACUAAAUGUUACAGAAUCUACAAAGUAUUUGAUCAGAGCCACUUUUCUAUAUGGAAAUUAUGACGGUUUAAAUAAGCUGCCACAGUUUGAUCUGCACUUGGGACCUAAUUACUGGGUUACAGUGAAUUUUAGUUCAGCAAAUUUAAAUAUUGUGAAGGAGGUCAUACAUAUUACCUUGCAUUCGCAAAACCAUCUACAAAUAUGUGUUGUAAAUACAAACUCUGGGACACCUUUUAUUUCAGCAUUAGAAUUGAGACGUCUCAAAAAUACGACUUAUGUUACCUCAACUGGAUCAUUGGCACUUGACCGGCGCUUAGAUAUUGGGUCAACCACCAAUCAAUCAUACAGGUAUCCGUAUGACAUUCAUGAUCGCCUCUGGAAGCCAUAUACACAGAAAGACUGGACCACGUUAACAACCUCGGUUACCGUAAAUAACAUCAAAAGUACCUCUAAUUCACAGGCACCGUCUAUUGUGAUGAGCACCUGCGUCACGCCGUUGAACGCCAGUGGACCCUUGGAAUUCUAUUGGGAACCCCCGGAUGAAAGUAACCAGUAUUAUGUUUACUUGCACUUUGCUGAAAUCCAACUGCUCCAAUCCAACCAGUACAGAGCAUUCGAUAUCUAUCUCAAUGGGGAGACGUGGUAUGAAGCUUAUGUUCCUGAAUACUUGAAGUCAGGGGCCGUUUUCAGCACCAAGGCUUUGUCAAUAUCAAAUUAUAGUUUCUCCCUCGUACGGUUGCAGAACUCAACUCUCCCACCCAUCCUUAACGCACUCGAGGUCUAUACGGUCAUAGAUUUCUCCCAACCAGAAACAGACCAAGAUGAUGUUGAUGCCAUCAACAACGUAAAGUCAACUUACACAGUAAGUAGAAACUGGCAAGGGGAUCCAUGUGCUCCAGUAGCAUUCUUAUGGUCAGGUCUAAGUUGCAACUACAAAGAUUUUGAUACCCCUAGAAUCAUAUCCUUGAACUUGUCAUCAAGUGCUUUGACUGGUGAGAUAUCCUCCUACAUAUCCGGUCUCCCUAUGUUAGAAUCAUUGGAUUUAUCAAACAAUAGCUUAACUGGAUUAGUUCCUGAUUUUCUAUCUCAAUUGGAAAAAUUGAAGCUCCUAAAUUUGGAAGGAAACUUGCUCACAGGUUCAGUUCCUGCUGAACUCAUUCAAAGGUCGAACAGCGGCUUUCUAAAAUUAAUCGUUGGAGAAAAUCAAGAUCUCUGUGCAUCCUUCUCAUGCAAAAAGAAGAAAAACAUUCUCAUUCCAAUAGUAUCAUCAGUUGGUGCAAUUUUGGUCCUGUUAAAUGCCGCAGCUCUCAUUGUGAUCCUAAAACGAAAAAAGCGAUACGAAAUAAGAUUAGGUGCACGAUCGAAUGUCAAAAAUACUUCAUUGGAGCCAAAAAAGCGUCAAUUUACAUACUCUGAGGUGAUAAAAUUUACAAACAACUUUGAGGUAACUCUUGGAAAAGGUGGAUUUGGAACAGUCUACCAUGGCAUAAUAGAGGGCACUGAUGUAGCUGUGAAGAUGCUGUCUUCUACAUCAGUUCAGGGGUAUCAUCAAUUUCAAGCAGAGGUUAAGCUUCUAAUGAGAGUUUAUCAUGGAAACUUGACAAGCCUUGUUGGUUACUGCAACGAAGGAACAAACAUGGCUCUAAUCUAUGAGUACAUGGCCAAUGGAAAUCUGGAGUCAUAUCUUUCAGCAGGUGGAAGGGAAAAUGUAUUAAGUUGGCAAGGAAGACUUCAAAUAGCGUUGGACGCAGCAAAAGGAUUGGAGUAUCUGCACAACGGUUGUAAACCACCUAUAGUCCACAGAGAUGUGAAGACCCCAAAUAUAUUAUUAGCGGAGGAUUUUAGAGCAAAACUAUCAGAUUUUGGGCUAUCCAGAAUAUUCCCAACUGAAGGUGGCACUCAUGUAUCUACCAAUAUUGCUGGCACCCCCGGUUACCUUGACCCAGAGUACUCCACAACAAACAGGCUAAAUGAGAAAAGCGAUGUUUAUAGCUUUGGAGUGGUUCUGUUAGAGAUAAUCACAAGCCAACCUGUCAUAAGUAAAAGCAAGGAGAGGACUCACAUAAGCCAAUGGGUUAGUUAUGUGCUUGCCAAUGGGGAUAUUAGAAGUGUGGUUGAUCCAAAGUUAGAGGGAGAUUUCGAUAUUAAUUCAGCGUGGAAAGCUGUUGAAAUAGCAAUGGCUUGUUUAUCUUCAACCUCCACGAAAAGACCAAACAUGAAUGAGGUGGUGAUUGAACUAAAAGAUUGUUUAGCAAUAGAAUUAGCUCGAAGGAACAUCCCUCUGAUUGAUUCCUCAGCCAAUGCCAGUGUAAUGUUCUCAACAGAUUCAUCUAUCGAAUUGAUCAAGCCCUUAGCAAGGUAGCAGUUUGUCCCGAACGUCAAAUCUGCAAUUCUUUUUUUGGCUGUACUAGUUCUCUUUUUUAUGGUCUUAAAUUCUCUUUUAGGAAAGAUUGACAGUGCUAUACUGUAGUUGUAUUCAUGUUAAAUAGUUUGCCGUACAAAAUUAGAGUGAAAUCCCAUAUAUAUAUAUAUAUAUAACGGUGUUACCCAAAUGACUUUGCACUCUUAUGGUUUUAGUUUGACAUGUCAGAAUUGUAUCUGUAUGUAAUAUUAGAUAUCAAAUUCGGAGUGCAAUAAAGAUGUGUACUUCCAAAAGAAAUUAAUAAUUCAAGUGGCAUGAUGGCUGGGCUACCAACCAAGCCCAUUUACACGAUCCAA